CCGCCCUGGUGGCUUUCUUGCACUGACUUGUGAGCCAGCUCAUGAUUUCAGGAUGUACGAAAAAGUAAUAAUUGGAGUACUAUUGUUAGGUUGUAUUUCUACAACAACUGUGGAAUCCUCGGAUACUACCCAAAGCUCUCCAGUGAAUGCGAGCUCUAAAAAUGAAACACUGGAUGAGACGACCGCACAGAGCAAAACACCAGCCAUUCCCACUGCUGAAAAUGAACGGGAAGAAGAGUUAACUACUAGAAGCCAAGUCCACACAGAACGGGGAACAGGAACAAGAGGGCAGCAAUUUGCCCACACUUUCUCACAACCAGUAAUAAUAGUCAUUAUUUUUGGUGUGAUGGCUGGUAUCAUUGGAACUAUACUCCUUGUUUCUUAUGGCAUUGGCCGCCUGCAAAAGAAAAGUUUACCUCAGGAACAACCUCCAUUUUCAAACGAUGAAGGCCCUCCUUUAAGUUCUGUAGAAACAGGAAAUCCAGAAAUGUAAUCAAUGAGAAUUUGCUCAUCAAGCCAAAUUUUGGAAGAAAUAAAAGACACAAGACUUCAGUCGAGUGAAAAAUUAACAUGUAAAUUGGACACACAAAUCAAUUGUAUACCUUCCUAAAUUGUACAACUUCAGGAUGAAAAUUUCAUCAUGAUGAGUCCAGUGACUCAAUGACGGAAAAUGUCUCUACUCGUUAAUAUAUCAAAAUAAAGAACAAAUAUUUCCUUUCAUGCUUGCUUUUCUGUGUUAGGAUAAUUUUUAGAAUUGAUUUGGAAUUCUGAUCCAAAACUUCAGUAGGCAUCAGCUGUAGCUCUUUAAGACUGAUUUAUUCUAUGCUAUUAUAUUUUA